GGAGAAUAUUUUAAAAUCCCUACUCAAUCACGUAUUCAGUCCAUGAUCUCCACUAGCCACCUCAAUCUUCACAAAGUCACCCCAAACUUCCUAUCCUACACUAAAAAUCAAAAGAAAAAAAUAUACUAUAUCACCAUCCCCAUAAUCUCUUAUCAUCCACACACACAACACUCAUCUCUCCUCCCAUUCUCUCUCUGUCGGCUGAGCAUCAAGAAAGGGGAAAGAAAGUUUUAUCUCCAUUGUUGUGCCAAGGAAGGAGAGGCAAGCAAGAAACCACCCAAAAUUUCUAAAUCUUGACUCCAAAAAACGCAACAGCUACUUUGAGAUUCAAACGGAUUGCGAUUUCGACAUUUCGUGAAGAAACGAUGGAGAUAUGCCCAAAAUACGGCAGGCUGUCCGAUUAUGACAGAAAUGACAAACCAAAUUUCGAUGAUUGUUUCCACUCCCGCUCAUCCGCUCCUAAUCCCGAGGCCCCCAACGUUCUUGUUUUGGCAAGUGAAGUUCCAGUUCCUCCAGUGGUAUUUAGCCCUGCCAUUCCUUUGGCCCCAAAGGAAGUUAGCCAUAAGGGAAUUGACCGUUUUGAUGAUGGAUUUUGGGAGGGAAUGGACGGCAAUAAGGUGGAGUGGGAUGGAGGAGAGGACAUGUUUAAUGAGAAUAAGUCUUCCCAUUUGAUUGAGGGUUCUGCUAUACCAGGAGGAGAGAUGUUUGUAUACAUAGUCCAAGAGAGAAUCACAGUCUUCUUUUUUGAGAAUACCUCUACGAAUCAAGGUGAUAAGGGUACUGCCAUAUCCUUUUGGAAUUGGGAGGCCGAGAAAGAAUUCUUGCGAGGCAGUGAGAACAUCCUGUUGGAUUAUAUCUCAACAAACCCUGAAAAAAUUACCAUUAAAGCCAUCCGGGCCACUGGCGCUGUCAGGGUUCAGGUCCCAAACGGUUGCUUUUACCUCAGCCAAAUCUGGGAGCUUAGUGAGCAGAAGGAGAAUGGGUUUGUGAUCAGAGUUGGCUUUGGCAAGGUGAUGAAGCUCCACAUCUUGAAAGAAGGCAAGAAGGUCCAGUGGAGGAUGCAGGAGUUGAAAUCCUCCAUACUAUGUUGGUUUGGAGGGCAGGUUCCUUUUGACUCAUGUGGUGAGACGCUCUCAUAUGGCCCACCUCCUUGGCCGGAGCAAUGCCAGGGAGGUUCUCCGGCGUUUUUUUCUGGCAAGAUUGAAGGGAACGGCGACAACGUCGACGACCACCUCACCCUGCCUCCGUCGCCAAGCCGCCGUCGCCAAGCCGUAUUUGCUGCCCCGCCGUCGCCAAGCCGUCGUCCCUUCCUUAAGGAUACACAGCAUACAAAAGUUUCAGGUGCUGUUUUGGUGAAGAAAGUGCAUGUUAUUGCAGAUGGAGCGAAACAGAUCCCUCCACUUCUCUAAUACGCGGAGAAAAUUUAGAUGAUCGUCAGAAGCAAGAGCCACAUUGAUGCAAAUGGUCAGUGAAGAUUGGUUGAAAUCGGAUAAACAGGAAGAUGAUCU